GUACAUAAACAUUCCCUCCAUAACCAAGUUACUAAAAAAAAAAAGAAACAGAGCAAGUUUCUAAAUCUACAAAAAAGACCCCCUCCUUUUUUGACUGGUCAUCGUUUCAAAGGUAAAGCUUGACUACCUCUCUUCUUCUAUCUUUCUUUCCAUAGUUUCAGGGAUUUUACUUGAAGAAGAAGAAGAAGACAUGGGUAUUGAUGCUAAAGAUGUCUGUGUUAUCGUCUGGAAAGUGAUCAGAUUUUCAACGAACAGAACGUGCAGAUACGUGAAGAGAUACCCAGUUGCUUCUUGUGUUUCUGCGUUUGUCAUCAUCUUCUUGUACACUUUCCUUCCUUGGAUCUUGUAUUUCAUCCUCUGUUCUUCUCCGUUGAUAGCUUGUGCUUCGUUCUAUCUUCGGAAUCAUCUGAAUGGUGAGGCGGAGCAGAGGAGAGAUCGUGGCUUAUCCUCUGUUUCUAGCGAGGGGAGAACAGAGAAGGCUGAGUUAAAGCACCAAAGAAGUGUUCGACGAAACGCGAGAAGGGAAGUGGAAGAGGUCGGGAAAGAUUGGGACUCGUCUCAAGCUAGCAAGGACGAGAGAGGAAAAGUUAUUCUCACAACUCUCUACGGAGAGUUACCACCGGAGACGAUCGCUCCAGAUCUGGAGACUUUCAAAAGAGACAGGACGUUGCUUGGACCAGAAGAAAGCUUCGUCGAGUCUAACCUCGACAACCAAGGGUACGUUGUUGUCGAAGAUCCUUUGGAGAGGGUUUGUGAUGGUGAAACUGAACUAGAAUGCUCAUCGUCAUCAUCAGAAGAGGAAGAAGAGAAAGAAACAAACACGGUGAUAGUAGCGUGGACAGAGGAUGACCAGAAGAAUCUAAUGGAUCUUGGUACAUCCGAGAUCGAAAGAAACAAGAGGCUAGAGAAUUUGAUUACGAGAAGACGGUCAAGGAGAUUGUUCUUACUUGCAGCUGAGAGAGGCCUGAUGGAUAUGGAAGUUCCUAGGAUCUGUAUAGGUCGAAACUACUAUGGUUUGGAUAGAGAAAACAACGACGCCGAUGGAGUUCUCAUGCCAGGCUCUGCACCUUCCGUUAUGUUACCAAGAAGAAACCCAUUUGACCUUCCUUAUGAUCCGCAGGAAGAGAAACCGAACCUUACCGGAGAUAGUUUCCAGCAAGAGUUUGCGGAUGCUAACCCUAAAGAUAUCUUCUUUUGUCGCCAUGAGAGCUUUCACCACAGAAUCUUGCCAUCAGAGUCUCAAAAUGAUUCUAAUUUAGAGUCUUUGUGGAGGAAGGCAGUUGAUGGUAGGCCUAAGCCACUGCAAGGUAGCAAUGAUCAGCUUCCUGUAAUGAAAGAAAGUGAUGUGGAGGUAGGGGAGGUACGGAUAGAGACAGAUUCCAUAAGAAACAAUGAUGAUAGUGACUCAAACAUAACGCUUUCUCCUAGAGAAAGGGAGAAAGAUUUCAAUGUUUCAGACCAGUCAGAUGCUUCUGAAACGUUCUGCAAACGAAAUGAAGACCGUGCUGUGAAAUCUCUAGCGGGUUUAGUGCCAAGAAGCGGUGGUUCGAGUUCAAUGGCGAACGCGAGGCAAAGAUACAUGGAGCAUUUUGGUUACAGCAUAAAGAGAAGUCAUGUGUCAACACAUUCCGUUGACUCUGAUCUUCAAGUUGAGGUUUCUGAACUCGGAUCACCUCCAAGUUCAGUUGAUGGGAAUGACUCAUCUGAUGAAGAGAGAUCGUUGUUUAUCAAUGAAUCGGAGAUUAGUAAGGAAAUGGGGCUUAAUGGUGGGGAAAGUGAAGUGUUACCUGUGGGAAAAGUUGAGCAAGAAUUAAAUGAAACAAAGUCUUUAGCUUCUCCAGAAGUUAAAGAAGAAACAACAUUGGAGCCUAUGGAUAUGAAGAAACUUCCGGGGAACUCAGCUGAUGAGAUAAAGAUGAGUUAUGACUCUGAUGAACCUGAACCAUCCGAAAGGACUCAUCAAGAAUCUGAAGAGCCAUGUGUUAGAAAUGACCAAGAAGAGAUGCAACAAUUAGCGGAAGCUGAAGCUUCUGGUGUAAAUCACCAUGGAAACUCUGAAGAUUCUGCUACUUCACCAACAUCAGUAUUACAAGACAUGUUGCCUCUAAGCCAUACUCAUUCGGAGGAUCUUGAUCAUACAUCAGAUGGUCUGCUGCUGAAUGUGGAUCCACCGGCUGAAUCAUCUAGUAAUCAAUCGAAUGAACAUUCUGACCCAACAGAGGAAACUACAGUAGAAACCGUUUGCUCGAAUGCCACGAAAACAGUUCAGGAGAAGCAAGAGGGAUCUGAAGAACCAUUAAUCAAUGAUGAGUCUAAAUCUGCAGAAGACCGCAGAUCAGUGUCCACGGAUCCAUCAGCUGAAGAACUCAAUAGCCAUAACAAUUAAUUGAUGAAAUGUUUUGAUGCAGAAAGUUCAUUACCAUUCUCACGGAAAAGUCAAUGAAGGGAACACCAAUUUAACUUGGUUUACAGAAUCAAACACCAAUAUAGCUGCAGAGGCCAGUUUUGCAGGUGUUAAUAUAUGGCUGACUAUAUGAGUACGAGACAUGGCGAAAUGAUAAGAUAUUUGUGAAUAGGAAAUUUAUGUUUGUGUUGCCUUAUCAAAUGCAGACUUCUAUUAAAAGAAAAAGGUAUAGCGAGAGAAUGUUUAGGUUUCUUGUGUGUGUGUUUUGCUUCCUUAGAGCGCACGGCGACUG